AUAUAAAUGGCAUCUUUGGGCGACAUGAGGAAGACUUCGCUCUGUUUCUGAGAAUCUGAGAAGAUACUUUGUCUGUAGCAGGAAAAGAGCUAAGGGAGCCAAGAUGAAGUUGUUUGUAUUUUUGUGCCUGAUCAUCUCAGCUUUUGCCGCUCCUGUUCCAGACAGUGACAGCAGUGAGGUUGCAGCACAUGCUAAUGAAGCCCUCAGGCUCAUGGAGCUGUUUAGGAUGUACCAGCGACAGGGACUAGCAAACCCCUUUCUUCCAGCCGCUGAUGCUCCUGCUGGUCCUGCAGCAGCCGUGGCUAUAAAUGUACCAGUCCAGCAAGCUGCUGCCAUCCCAGCAGGUGAUGACUCAGACGAGGAGACUGAGGGUGGUAACCCAGGUCCUGCUGUCGGGGUGGCUCCCCUAAACUCUGACGAGGAAGAGGAGGUUGAAGAAGUGGAGGCCACCGAAGUGGAGCCAGCCGUGGCUGAACCGGCAGAAGGCACGGCAGCCCCCCCAGCAGCGGCCACUGAGCCCGCCGUGGUGGAUGUGGCUGUUGAUGCGGCACCAGUCGAUGAUGUUGUUGUGGAUGUGCCUCCCGUUGACGUUGCCGCUGUUGACAUCGCCCCCGAGGUGGCUGCUGAUGCGGCCGGUCCUGCCGCAGCUGAUAUCCCCGCCGCGGCUGAUGUCCCGGCUGUUGGUGACACUGUGGCCGCAGACGCAGCUGAGAAUGAGGUGACAGGAGGCGUUGCAGAUCCUGCUCCACUGUAGCUGUCCAGCUCUGUUUUUAAAUGACUGAAGCACUCAAAUGUGAUGUAGAAGAGAGGCAGAAAAAAAAACCUAAAAAAAAUAUAUUUUUUUGUUUUUUUUAAUUUUGAGCACAAAAUAGUUAGAAAUUGUUUACUUUGUUUUCAAAAUGUGUAAUUCCAUUUGUCAAAGCUUGGAAACUGUGUUUUCUUGAUCUAUUUUUUAUAUGUGCUUGACACUAAAGGGCCUCAUCUUUUCAGACUGUAGCAGCAACUGGAACCUUUUUAUAUACCAGAAAAUCUGACAGAUUUAAUUUACGAUAUGUAGUGUCUUGAUCUUUUCUUGCUUUAAAAUGAACACAAUAAAGUGCUGUUUGCUUCUUAAA